ACGAGAAAUGUUAUACCUCGGAUGAAUUCAACGGCCGUCUCUGUCAGUCAGCCAAACAACGGAGAUCAUCAGGUGAACAACGAGGAACUUCAGUCGAACGAACGUGCCAUUCAAUCCUCGACGUCACCAACAUCGAGCAGUUCUAUUCAAGCUCGGCUUGCCACUCUCUUUCCGACUGUUGGCUCGAACCGAGCUAGUAGGAAAAGCACUAGUAGAAGACCAGCAAGGUCAAAGCAGACCAUUAAGUCGACCAAAGGCCGCCCAUCCAAGACACUUGUUUACAAGGAUCUAGUCCUUAUUCGCAGUCCCAAGAUCAACAAAGUGCCUACACAUACAACCCGACUUCAGUUAGAAGAGAGAGAACUUGUCUACCACGAGUUUCCCUUUGACAAGAGCUGGGAUGCAAAUUCCCUCAAAGCUGCUAUAUUGAAUCGAUUUCCAAAGCUUUUGCUAUUUGAAUAUGUCAAGCCAUGCUAUGGAAAGCUAAUAACUCCUAAGUUGGCAGAUGGCAUAACUCUAGAUGCAGAAAGAGUGACCAGGAUGGCUGGUCAAGGAGCUGUUUAUGUUAGAUCAUUGGUGCCUUUGGAAUCUGAAGAUGAGGGUGAAACUGAAGAGGAGCUAGAGAAUUCAGUAUUAGAUAGCACUCCAAGGGGAACUUUUUCUUGUGAAUUUUUGCAUUGAACAAGAUAGAACCUGUAUAGAUUUCUUUCAGUUUUUUUUUUUCCUCACUGUAAGGAUAUUUAUGUGGUAGCUACCCAAUGCAGUGGAAUAACCUUGUUUAUGAUAGAUUGGCAUCCAAGCUUGUGCUACGAGGCAUGAAAAUGGCUUUUUGUUGGAAAUAUUAUCCAGUUUGUCUCCAAACAGAUUUGUGUAUUUAUUUAUUUAUUUAAUUAUUUAUUUUAUUGUUUAUUUAUUUACUUGUUUGCUCAGAUAUUUAUUCAAUCCUAGGCAGGACAUAAAUUGAUUUGGUAAUUAUUGCAACUCCAUGUGACUGUGGAUAUCUGUGUAAA